AUGACCUUAUCGCGAUCACCCUCUCCCCACCCGGGCGGGGGGUGGUCCAGCCCGGGACUCAUUCCGGCUAGCGGCACCGCAUCCCCCAACGGUCCAUCGCCUGGUGCAUUAUCCCCAGGCACACCAGGCAGCAUUUCGUGGGCCGCAGCCAAGGCAAAAAGCGACGAGGUGCGCGGAUAUCCAUCGUUCUCCACACGAAAUAGCGGCUUCUUCUCUCGACAACGACACAAGAUCUCCACUCGGUUUCCUAGCUUUCGAAGACUUUCCUCACGCGAAUAUGUUGAUAAGGAUGACUACGGCCGGGAAUGGAAGCGAUCGGGUAGUGGACGUGGCCUGCUAGGUGCGUUACGGAUACCAAUACGCCGGGGUCGACUCCGGCUGCUGUUCGCCCUGUUCUUGGUAUGGAUUGGGUAUCUAUUUUGCUGGACGACCAUUAUUCAAACAUACCGAAGGUCACCUAUAGGCGGUGGGAGCAAGUUCGUUAUCAUACUCGGAUCGAACGUGGAGGGCGGCGUCAUGGAGUGGAAAGGUGCACGCGAAUGGGCUAUUGAACGCAACAGCAUAUGGAACAAGAAGAGAUAUGUGAAAAAAUGGGGCUACGAGCUCGAACUGGCCAAUCUGUUGGCCAAGAAGCGAUAUUCACAUGAAUGGCGCGAGAGCUGGGAGAAGGGCGAUGUGAUCCGCGAAGCCAUGCGCAAGUACCCAGACGCAGAGUGGUUUUGGUGGCUCGACUUGAACACAUGGGUUAUGGAAUACGACACAUCACUCCAACACCACCUAUUCAACGACCUUGAAUCGCACGUCUACCGUGAUAUCACUGCCUAUAACCCUCUCAACAUCACCCAUCCACUACCCGAGUUCUGGCUCGACGAGCUGGCUCGAUCCCUCGAGGGCGACGGGAAGGCAGAGUCUUUGAAUAUGCUUCUGACACAGGACUGUGCUGGCUUUAAUCUCGGAUCUUUCUUCCUGCGACGAUCUGUUUGGACCGAUCGACUGCUCGAUAUCUGGUGGGAUCCCGUCAUGUACGAGCAGAUGCAUAUGGACUGGGAACAUAAAGAACAGGAUGCCCUAGAAUACAUCUAUCAAAGUCAACCAUGGGUUCGGAGCAGUGUUGGCUUCUUACCACAACGCAGCAUCAAUGCCUUCCCGCCUGGUGCAUGCGGCGACGGAGAUAAUCCAGUCAUUCACUAUCAGCAGAACGCACAUGACCUCAUCGUCAAUAUGGCUGGGUGCAUGUUUGGUCGUGAUUGCUGGUCAGAGAUCUACUACUACCGUGAGCUGAGCAAUUGGCUCGGCCGGUCCAGUUGGGAGCGAUUCACGGACGGUUUAGGUGAUGUAUACGACCGAAUGAUGGGAAAGGAGGGAGAUGAUUGA